GUUAGAUAUUUAUUUAAUGACCUUCUUUGGCAAUCCUGCCCCAACUCUCUUUUCCGCUCAGCCACAAGCAACUCAGAAAGAAACAGAAGUUCAGUCGCCCCCUGCUGAUACAGUAUCAUGCCUACGGUUUAGUCCAGAAAGUGUGGCACAUUCAACAUAUCUUGCUGCUACAAGCUGGGAUAAUAGAAUUAGGAUAUGGGAAAUCAUGGCCAAUGGGACCACAGUCCCGAAAGCGGAACAGAUGCAUCAAGCUCCCGCAUUCGGUGCGUGCUGGAGCCAGGAUGGAAGCAAAGUAUUUAGUGUCGGCGCUGAUAAGUCCGUUCAAAUGUGGGACUUGAACUCGAACCAAUUUACUCAAAUUGGCGCGCAUGAGUCACCAGUAAAAACCGUACACUUUAUUUCUGCUCCUAGUUAUUCUUGCUUGAUGACUGGAGGGUGGGAUAAAAAGCUCAAGCUCUGGGACACACGAACCCCUCAACCAGUUAUGGUUUUUGGUCUUCCUGAUCGGGUUUACUGUGCUGAUAUAUAUUUUCCCUUAGCAAUCAUUUGUACAGCAAAUCGGCACAUAAUACUAUAUAACCUGAGCAAUACACCCGCAGAAUAUUCGAGACUAGAGUCUCCACUCAAAAUAUUUCAUUUCUUCCGCGAGCAGAGUCGUUGUGUCUCUAUCUUUUUGGACAAGCAGAAGACUCAGCCGAUUGGUUAUGCCCUCGGGAGUAUCGAAGGUAGGGUUGCCGUACAGCACGUUCAGGCGAAUCAUAUCAAGGACAAUUUUACAUUUAAAUGCCACCGGUCGAAUCCUAGCGUUGGGAACUUUCAGGAGAUUUAUGCGGUACGUAUAAAUAGUGACAACUGUAGUGCUAAGAGAUUAUUCUGGAUGUAG